UUCAAGGUCGUUGAAACGAAACGGCGGGAGACUCGGAAAGGAUUUUACGUUUUAACCGCGCCACACUUUAGGUACAGCAGAGGGCGAAUAUAUCGCCAAUUGAGUCAGCUGUCACUAUCAAACUCAUAUAGCAUCUACCAAUUCAGUACCUACAGACGAAAAGUCGACUUAUUGACGGUAAUAAGUGGUCGUGAGUGUCUACGAUGAUAAUCUACAUUUUCUCCCUCGCCUUAUUGUGUGGAAAAGUGAGCGCAUGGGAUUCUGGAGAACUCCAAAUGUUUGAUUUAGUUGAAGAAGUCAAGGAAAAUUUUUAUGACUUUCUGGGGGUUUCUCAUACUGCUGAUAUUUCUGAAAUAAAACGUGCUUACCGAAAGUUAUCUUCUAAACUUCAUCCAGACAAGAAUCCAGAUGAUCCUACUGCAGAACAGAAGUUCCGAAGGCUUGUAGGUAUUUACGAAGUCCUUAAGAAUUCGGAAUUACGUUCCAAAUAUGAUGAAGUGCUGAUAAAUGGUUUGCCCAGUUGGCGAACCCCAGUAUUUUACUUUAGGAAGCUCCGCAAAAUGUCUAACUACGAACUGUGUGGGUUGUUCUUUGGAAUGGCUACCAUAAUUCAUUAUGCUACACUUUGGGGCUCAGUUUUUGAGAAGCGGCUUACUUUGGAAGAUCAGCUUAGCACUUCUUUAAAACGUCACAAAGCUCGUGAUCGGAAGUUGGAACUAAUAAACCAAGAGAUAUCUGACGAACUUCAAAAGAUUCCCGCUCCCGGAUGGUUUGAUUUGCUUCCGUUCGCUAUUGUCAGAUGGAUAUAUGCUAUCAUCACAUUUAUUCCUGUUUUCACUGAAUUUAUUAACGGAAAGAUUUCUGAGAAAUUACAAGAACGUCGUGAACUCAGGGAAGAAGUUCGAAUUCUUCAAGAAAAAAAAGAAAAACUUAAGGCUGAUAAACAAGAACGCAAACGUCGCUUAGUACACGAACAAACAAUCCUUAGAGAAGUUGUAAAGGAGGCUGGCCAAUCAACUUUGAAUUCAGUCCUUACAGACAUUCCUAAUAUUGAGACUGAGAGUUCUGAUGAAGAUUCAAAAAGUGAAGCAAAAGAUCCUGUUUAUCGAGAAUGGUCAGAAGUGGAUAGAGACAAUUUAGUUCGUGCAGUAAUUCGAUAUCCUGGAGGUGUUCCUGGGAGAUGGCAACGUAUCGCAGAAUCUCUUGGUCGUAGUGUUCCUGAUGUUAUUCGUAAAGCGAAAUAUAUGAGUAAAGAAUUAAUGUCUAUUUCUCAAAAAAAUAUAAAUCCUGAUGAAAUCCCAACCUUUGAAACAAAUGUAAAUAAUUUCUGUGGAGAAAGUAAUUCUGAACAAAGUAAUAAUCAAUCAGACGAAUCAGGUGAAGAACAAUAUUCAAAAAAACGACUUCGUAAACGUUUAUUGAGACGAAAAGAACCCUGCGUUGUCAAUCAAACAAAUGGAGAAACUCAACUGAAUGCGAAUAAUGAUUUGUCUUCAGACGUCGUCAUAGUUGAUGAACCAUAUAUUAGUCGAAAAAAACUCAAACAACAGAAAGAUGAAGCAACACUUAAAUCUACAGAAAUUAAACCUAUCAAAAGUAAUGAUGGAUGGACUAAAGUAGAACAACAACAGUUGGAGGUCGCUAUACGCUCUAUUGGUAAAGGGACACCUGAGCGGUGGGAUCGGAUCACAGAAUGUAUCCCAACAAGAACAAAGGCAGAAGUGAUGGCUCAUGUGAAGUAUCUCUCAACUCUUGUUCAACAAAAACACUGAAUUAUCCCUUAUUGUGUUAUCAUUCCCUCAGAUAUGCGUUUUAUGCGACUGCAGGAGAAAACCUAAUGAUAAACAGGAUUUACCACUCAGUCAACAACGUAGAACUUCGUAGGUACGUACAUCGGUUCGAAUAUCCAUACCACAAUUGUCACGGUGGCAAUAUUUGUUUGAAAUGCAAACAUUCCAACCAAACAAAUGCGCUCAAGAACGAAAGGUGGAUAAAUUAUGUGGAUGUGUUAGGAAGAUUUCGUGGUACAUCUUAGGGAAAAGACCAAAACACUAGUGAGUGCAUUCAUUCGUCAGUAUAGAUGAUUUGAGCAACCAUCCAAUCUAGUUGAUGGAGAAGAAAAGUGGCGAAGCGCUCACAUUUAAUAGUUGGGAGAUCAUACUUUCAUAAAAACCCACCUGUACUAACAGCUGAAAUCCGUUGUGGCCAUUGGAGUUAUAUUAAAUUCACAAA